AUGGUUCAACAUUCUCUCCGCCGCUCAAGGGGCCACCGUGUUUCCACACGACAUUCCAGCAGGCUUCACCCUCGCCAUGCAGUCAUUGACCUGGACAACGAGAUUACCCCUGUGCCCAUCGCCACCAGAGCUCAUGGUCCGGGACAAAACCCAAACAAACCUGUGGUUGUGGAACAGGCGCACAACAAACUCGUGGCUACUGGACAACUCCGCCAGUCCAACCCAGUCAACUUGUUGGGACACCCCACCAACACCAAUCAAGCCGCCGCCGACCACCCUACAAACGCAACCAAUAUGCCGGCUGUGCAACUCGAAAAUGCCCACCCUGGCCUAGGGGUGAGGGUGGGCCGGGUCAGCCCACGGGCUGCCCCGACCCGCUCGGGUCUGGGGCAGGUUGGGUCAGCAUAG